AUGUGUACUAGUGGAGAAGCAAAGAAGGCGAUUAAAAGAUACGAAGGGACUAGUAAUGGUUACACGUUGGCUUUAGAGAUUCUCAAGGAGAGGUUUGGUCAGCCGUACCAGAUAGUCAGAUCAUGCCUGGAUAAACUCACAAAGGGAGCUAGGAUCACAGUCCAAAAUCGUGGUGCUCUCUUGGAGUUUGCAGACCUGUUAGUUUCAACACACCGCACAUUACAGGAUCAGGAUCAGUUAGCCAAGGCGAACACUCAGUCGACCCUCAAAGCAAUAUUUGAUCGCCUUCCUACUCAGUGGCAGGCAAAGUGGGUAAAAAGGGUCAUAGACUUUGAAGCAAAGGGACAGUCGCCUAAGUUAUGUGACUUGGUUGGGUUUGUGCACGAUCUUGCUAAGGCUGCCAACCAUGCUGUUUUCACUGUUACUUCCACUGGGGGGAGUGACUUUGCGAAGUCAUCGCGAAAGAAGGAUCAAGGUAAGGGAAGAUUUGGUAGUACUAAUCAAGCUACAGAUAAGAAGGCAACGGUGGCUUUAUCAACCAUGUCUACGCAAGUGCAGCAGAAGUCAGAUACGCAAGGACAACAGAAGUCAAACAAAGCUUGGAGGGAGUCAAAACCUCGAGUUGAGAGCUCCAGCCAAGUGAUAGGCCAGUCCAAUAAUGCAACCAAUCUGAAGAGAUGUGGCUACUGUGAUGGUAAACAUAGCCUAUGGGAGUGUGACACAUUUAAGGUGAAACAAGUCGACUUCAGGAGAAAAUUUGUGCGGAAUGGUGGAUAUUGUUUCUGUUGCUUGGGAAGACAUUAUGCCAAGAACUGUAAGUCGCAGAAAACCUGUACGGUGAAGGGAUGUGACAACAAUCAUCACCCUUUGUUGCAUCAAGAUAAGCCAGCCCAGACUCAGACGACCGAGGCCAAGAAGCAAACUGUGACUUGUGGUGCACUGGGCUCAGAAGUGCCUUUUAAGCCUAGGAUGGUGUUGCUGAAGGUUAUCCCUGUAACAGUGCAAGCAGAGAAUGGAAAGAGCAUUACCACCUUUGCGAUCCUAGAUUCGGGCUCAACGGCAACUAUGGUUACCAAGGCAGUUGGAAAUCUACUUGGAAUUAGAGGAACACCUGAAACCAUAUCUGUGAAUACAGUUAUCGUUGAAGGCAUGAACCAGGAUGUUGUCAUCUCUCGAUGCUUGCUGACUCCAGUUGGAAGGGCGGAGCCUCAGAUACCGGUGGAAAGGGCACACUUUGUGGAGAGUCUUAAUAUCAGUCAACGUUAUAGGCCUGACUCACUCAACCUGUCUGACUGGGAUCAUCUACGGGACUUAGAUUUAGCAGCUGAAGUUGAGGAACGAUCGGUGUCAGUAUUGAUCGGUGAGGAGGUUCCUUGGGCACACGCUGUUCUUGAGAGUAGCUACGGAGACCAGCUGAACAGUCAGCCGUAUGCAGUAAAGACCCCUCUUGCCUGGUGCAUGGCAGGGCCAGCGCAGAGUCUGAAUACUAGUUUAUCUCAAAUCAGCGUGAACUUCAUUCAAGAAGAGUCUACCAGCGGGGACAAUACUUUGACUGAUGAGAAGUAUCAGUCUUUGGAGAAUGCAGUUAAACGUCUUUGGGAGGAAGAGAAGUAUGGUUUCACCUGCAAUGGUGAGAAAGCAAUAUCGGUGGAGGACAAAAGGGGGCUCAAGAUAUCAGAAGACACAACUAAGAUAGUUGAUGGGCAAUACCAGACAGGAUUGUUAUGGUGUAAGGAGGAUCCUGUAUUGCCGAACAACAGAGCUGCUGCCGAGAAAAGGCUGAAGUAA